AUGGAACUGGCCAGAUGGAGUCCGUUUGCGUUCAAAUAUCUACCAAACGAGAUUAACGGUCGAAAGAAUCGAUCGGUGGAAAAACGUGCCCUGAGCAAUGCAUCGAUAAAUAGGUUCCAGUGGUACGGCAAAGUUGGAACUGAGGGCGACAUGCCGUGCGAGAAGGUGACGACUGGUGAACAGCGCGUCAGAUGGGCCACCGUCGAUUCAGAACAUGGGAAGCCAAAGAUCGCAGCCGAGAAAAUGUGGAUAAAGAGAGAUAGCAAGGCCGCCUUGGAUAUUAAUAGGUUAAUUGCCAUUUGA